GAUGCAAAACCCAGUGACCAUCCCCACCCAAAACUCAUUCUUUCACCCCCAUAUUUAUAUAUAGAUAGUGCCAUUCCUGAACAAAAAAACCAGCCAGAAGAUUACUGUAGGGGCAUAGGGGACCCCAAACAAAAAUGGCAAUAGAAUUCAAUGUACUCCGCGCUCCAUCUCUUCCAUCUCUUUGCCACUUUAUGAAGGAGAGAGAGAGUGAGAGAGAGAGGACGAAGAAGAAGAAUGGAGAAGAAGGCUAAAGUGAUUUGCUCUGUGUUGGGUUCUAGGGCUUUUACCUGCUACUUUAAGGUUUCUCUGUGGGGCAACAAGGAUAAAGGUAAUUAAUUAUCCAUUUCCCUGAGGGAAUAUUGUAAAACAUACUGGACUCAAAGAGUUGUUCAAAAUAUCGAACUGAGUUCUCUAGAAAAUUUUUGCCACGAAUUUCUGCCGGAAGUAACAGUAAUUGGCGAGCAUACUGGUCUGGAUUUAGAAAAUUGUGAAAACGACUUCCAUGAUCUGUACAAAAUUCCUUAGGCAAAUAAGCAAAUCAUAAAGAUUGAUGUAGAAAGGAUCUCUAGUUCCUUCGGAAUUGGUAAGAUCUUUGGCCCCAAAUGAGGAAACCCUAGGAGAGUUGUUGACUCCAAAUACCGUCCAUGUACGACCCGUACGAAUCGGUAUUGAUAUAGCAAUUCAAUCCAAGCUCUUGGAAUUGGAACAAGUUUUGCAGUUGAUAACGGAAGGUGUGAUAAGUAACACGUUAGCUUCAACAUUGCAUACACCCAAUCUGAUUGGUGACUUGGGUUUAGGAUGCAGUCAAGUGACCUAAGAUUGCGGUUGGUAGUAUCCAUUCCGAGUUAUCAAAAAUAAAGAUUGCAGUUGGUAGUUAUCUAUUCUGAGAGAAGACCAAAAGCAAACCGGAGAAAGAAAAGAAAAAGACAGACAAAAGACAAACCAGCAUCAGCCCAAGACAUGGGGAGAAAAGAGCGAAAAGACACUUAAGCGGGUAAAAUUGGCUUCUCAGGUUCAGUUCACCUCUUCUUCUGCAUGUAUUAAUGUAUAUACCCCAGCAGUCCAGCUUCGAGUCUUGGAUUAGCUGGAGCAGUGUCUCUUACGGUUGCUAAGAUUAUCAUCAGUAUCAGUUCUGGCUUUUGUUGCAGACGAGGUUCUUAUCAAUUAAACAUUAUAUGGGCAUGGGAUUUGAUAGCCUUCAUCAUGUCAUGGGGUGUGGCGAAUCAUGUUAACAGAGGUGUGACCAUGACAGAGCAUUAUCUAUACAUGAUGUUAUUUAUCAUAGCAAUCCUUCUGUUUCUAUCUGGUGCUGGACUCCACGGACACCACAGGAGCAAGAUCAUGUACUUUGGCACCCACUCUUGCUACUUUGUGGAGCGCGGAGUCUUUUCAAAUGCUGCUGUCUUCUCCCUUCAUUCUGUGCUUAUCCCGAUUUGGUUAGCAUUCAAAUGGGACACCCACAAAUCCCACCACCGCAAUACCCUCAGUCACAAUUCCCUCCUCCGAACAUAGAAGCUCCAGUUGUUGUGAACAUACAGACGUGAGGCUAAUUUGCUGGGUACUGGGUUUAGCAGUUAUGUUUCUGAACCGAACUAACUUCUACCUAUUUUAGUAGAUGCAUGUUUCUAAGUUCGAACAGUUAUACUCUCUCUCUCUCUAAGUUCGAACAGUUAUAUAUAUAGUCUGGAUCUAGUCAGGGAUCCUGGAUUUUGGC